AGCCCGGUGCUUGGUGCCAAGCAGGGCGGCCGAAACUCAAAAGACGGCCCUUUGCCAUCGCAGCGGUCUGCUUGGCAGCCCCCCAGUCACUCUCAUGGACAUGUUAUCUCCCAAAGCCCACCAGGAGGAGCCGCAAGACCGCUUUGUUCGGGACCCUCGCGGCUCAAUGAGCCGGGCUGGGUACACCAAUCUGCCCGAUAGCCGACAGACGCUUGGCGAGCAACAGCAGCAGCAACAGCACCUUCCCCCUCAUCCAUACCAAUACGGCCAGCCCAACCCGCAGCCGUACGACCAGGCCGUCCACCAGUAUGCUCAGCAAGGCAACCAGUAUAUCCAUCCAGGUAAUCAGUAUGCUCAGCAAGACAAUCAGUAUGCUCAGCAAGGCGGCCAGCACGGCCAGUUUUAUUCCUAUCCGCCCCCGCCCUUCUCGUCGCAGUCCGCGGCAUUCGGCUUGGGCUCUGGCCACUCAGGGCCUGGGGCUGGGAAGCUGCCGCUGCCUGGCGGUGCUCCUCCUGUUAUUGUGGCCGACCGCAAGUGGCAGGACCCGUGGGCCGUGGUCCUCUUUGUUCUCUGCCUCGGAGUCUUUAUCUUUGCUGCAUGUAUCGGAAUCCCCGUGGUCGUCUCGCAAGUCGGCUCUGGGGAUUUCGGGAUUGUUGUCGUUGAUCUGGCUUACGUCAUUGGCGUCGUGCUUGUGGUCUCUGUGGGCUUUGUCGCCAUUUGGUUCGUCCUGCUGCAAAAGUUCCCCCGGCAGAUGAUCAAGAUUUCAUAUUGGGCUUUCUGCGCACUGCUUGUUGCCGCCGCCGUUUUGAUGCUUUGUCAAAACGCACUGCCCGGCUACAUCACCGGGUUUUUCUGCCUCGUCAUAGCGGGCCUCUACGCUUGGUUCUACUUUUAUCUGCGCACCAGGAUUCCCUUUGCCUCGGUCUUGCUUGAAACCGUGACAAGGAUCUCGAGCCAGUUCCCGGCCGCGAUCCUGACUGGCUUGUUGGGUGUCAUCCUUAGCCUGUGCUUCCAGUUCGUCUGGAUCUUCACCUCGAUUGGCAUCUUUAUAUAUGCUGCCAAUGGUUGGAGCACAACCUCCAAGCAACCCCAGGGCUUUAGUCCUGGCGCCAUCUUUGGCUUAAUGAUCGGCUUUGUGUUUAUACUCUAUUGGACGCAACAAGUCAUCUACAACACCGUCUAUGUCAUCUGCUCGGGCCUCUAUGCUACUGUCUACUUUACCGGAACGCAGGUCCCCGGAUCCACAAAGCUGCGUGUCGGCACGUCAAAUCCGACAGCCAAAUCGGCCGCGCGGGCCCUGACCACAAGCUUCGGUUCAAUCUGCUUUGGAUCCUUGCUGAUUUCCAUUCUGCAGACCCUGCGGUUCAUAUCUGGAGGCUCACAGUCCAACUCUCCCACCGACCUCAACUCUGGCGUGUCCUUCAUUGGCUGCUGCUGCCAGUGUCUCUUCAUGAGUAUCGGCGAUGUCAUAUGCUACUUCAACCGCUACGCCUUCACCCACAUGGCCAUCUAUGGCACGGGUUACUGUGAGAGUGGCAAGGCGACCUGGGGCUUGUUUCAGGCACGCGGCAUCGAAGUACUUAUCAACGACAACAUCAUCGGCCGUGUCAUCGGCCUGGGCAGCUUCUCUGCUGCCGUCAUCGGUUCCUUGACGGCCCUUGCUGCCGCUGUGAUCAACAAAAACAUCCCACAAAGCCCUGAAACGUUUAUGAUGCUCAGCAGCUAUGGCAUGGUAGUCGGCUUCACGAGUUUCUUCUCGAUGAUGUGUGUCAUCAAAGCCGGUGUGUCGGCCACCUACGUAUGCAUCGCCGAGGACCCUGCAACGAUGGAGAAGCUCAGACCCGAGCUCUUUGAGAGGCUCAGAGAGACCUGGCCCUCCAUAACCUGGGGGCUUGGCCAAGCCUGAUGGCCAGCCGUGUGGUCGCCUUUCGAUCGGCCCUUGGUGGCAGGAUCCGCACAUACAUCAAGCAGCUUGGUGUCGGUUCUUCAAAACACGAAUACAGCGCGCUGAAUAAACCAUCGGACACCCGUUGCGAUGACGACGACUACCACCAUCCGCGCUGCGAAUACACCUCUUCUUGAUCACUCCACUA